AGCCAGUCACGACAGUUCAGCGUUAGCUGUCGUCGGGAUUGGUUGUCUCGUGUUUUUCCGUUAUCACGUUUUCGCCUUAGUUAUUUCUUACAUGGGACAUAUGUCGCGUGCGAAAUAAAAAGAAAGAGAAGGUGUUGAAUAAACGAAAAAGAAAGACGCAAGAAGGGAGAGAGAGAAAGAGAGAAAAGAUUAUCAUAAUAAAUAAGUAAUCAAUCUUGUUAACAUUAUACUUAUAAAAGCGUACUCGAGUAAUGUUGGGGUACGUGUACGCGGGCGCACGCGCGCGCGCGUGUUAAACCGCGCGAGACGAAGAACACUUUCUUAGCCGUAACGUGUUACUUGAGACGUACAUAUAAUAAGAAAGGUACAGAAUAGAAACGGUAGAGAGAGGAGCAACGAAAGACAAGAGAGAAAGAGAGAGAGAGAGAGAGAGGGAGAGAGUGAGAUAGGGAGAUAGAGAAAGAAAGAAAGAGAGGAGGACGAUAAUGCGGACUUGGUGUUUCCGCCUAGUUCGACACGACGUCGACAAAGACGACGACAACAAUCCAGACGAAUUUCGACGGAUUUAUUUGUGACUAAUAUUAGUCUUGAUUUAUACGGUUUAGUUUUACACGCUUGUAAUCUAAAGUGUAAAUCUAAGGUUGCUGCUCUGUACUUUGUUUCGUACAUGUUUAUAAAUCUCGAUCAUUCACGAGUAUUCACGAGGACAAUCGACGACAACGAUGAUGACGAGGACGACGACGACGACGGCGACGAGGACGACGACGACGACGGCGACGAUGAGGACGAGGACGCGAUGACGAGUGAGUGAAAGCGAGAACGCGUUCAACUAUAAACUAGAGCGCACGCGUCUAUUACAAUCGGAAGAAGGCGUAACUCGAAUUGAUUCAAUAGAAAAAGUGUCGGGUGUAGUUACCAAUCAAAAGGAAGAUGUACGAAGCAACGUCGUGUUUGUUGUUGAGAGUAUGUUUAGGAGCUAUUUUAUUGGUCCUCGCUGGUGGAGUGACGACAUCAAGCGUAUCAGAAAAGUUUAUUGAACUGUCGAAUAAAAAUGACGAUUUGGAAUCAUCGUCAUUGGUUGUAGCAAAUCCAGUUAAAGUCAAUCAAGAAAUAGAAGAAGAAGAAGAAGAAGAGGAAGAAGAAGAAGAAAACGGCAGUGAUUUGAAAGCAAAAGGUUUGAAAUUAUCUGAUCUCGAGGAUGAAGAUCAUAAGAAGAAAGUAUCGAAAGAAGAGAAAAAAGAAGGAGAAGAAGAAGAAAAAACGCAAACGACGAUUUCUACGGUGAUCAACGAAACGAAUAAAGACGUAGUUGAAGAUUCAGAUAAUAUUAGCAGUAUCGCAACGACUACGAUCGAGUCUACUUCGUCAUCUCCAUUUUUGGACAAUGAAUUAGGAUCGUUCGAUCGAAUGGAAAAGCUAAAUAUAGAUAAAUAUGUUGAGGAAAUGAAAAAUGUAGACAAUGUUAAAAAUGUUUCAAUGACUUUGAAUGAAACUAAAUCAACAACGAACGUUCCAAUACCAACGUUACCUGUUGUAUCAUCGUCGUCGUUGUCGUCGUCCAUAUCCAACGUAAUUAUCGAAAAGAAAUUGUUGGAGUUGAGUAAAACUAAUUUAACCGUUGCUACGACAACGAGAGAUGCAUCGAUUUACGAGAAUACGAUUGGUCGAAAGGAUUCUGAAAAAAAGCCAAUAGUAACCGAGUCUUCGGUUGUUUUAGAGAAUAGUAUUCAACAAUCAGGAGUAUUCGGAAGUAGUUAUAAUACUAUAAAUAAUUUAACAAUCGAGUCUACCAGUUCGUUAUCUUCGUCAAGUAGCACCAGCAGCAGUAGCACCGGCAGCAGUAGCACCAGCAGUAGCAUCAGCAGUAGCAGUAGCAGUAGCAGUAGCAGUAGCAGUAGCAGUAGCAGCAGUAGUAGCAGCAGCAGCACAUCUACCGAAUCUUCAUCUAUUGGAACUCUCACAAUUGGGACUCUGACAACAGGAACAUUGUUCCCUUACGUUCAAUCGAAGAUUGAUGAUCCUAACGAUUUAACAGGAAACGGUAUAACUGAAAGUACUAAUUCAAAUACAAUCGUAUCAAUGACUACUACCGUCGUUCCCAUUGAUUCCUCCAUAUUAGAUACGAAAACUACCGAGAAUCCAACUACUAAAUCAACUCUUACAGAUGAUUAUUAUUCGACUCUUAUUACUGAUAUUGAUAAUGAUUUUUCUACGGAAACUACGAUCGAAUCAUCUGAUCAAUCUUCCGUUAAUCCAACGACUAGUAGUUCCUCAUUUUAUCCUGGUAGUACUGUUGAAUACAAAUUUGUUACAUUAACAGAAAACGGUAGAAACUCUUUAACAACAACAACUUUGGCUAUCGAAGAGACAUUGUCUAUAAAUCAUGAACAGACCGAUAUCAACAUUAGUAACAACGUUUCCGAUUCGAAAGAAAGUACAAGAAGUUUGUCGGAAAUUGAAUCGUGGCCUAGAUCGACCUCGGUUGAACGUACUUUACCUGUUACACCUACGCCAAACGCGAUUAUCACUAGCAGUACACUUAGAAGUACACUUAGCAAUACGGAAAAUAACAUGAUGACCAGUGUCGAAAGUAUUACCGAGAGUUUAGAUGCAACACCACUCGUAAAUGUUGUUACCCUAGAUCUUCCAAGUAGUACGUUUGUUACAACGUUACCCGACAACAAGUUACUAGGUAAGAAAUCUGUUGAUGCAGUAGGCAUCCCUACAACUACUGUUGCCACCACCAUGGAGACAUUACCACCAGACGAAAUUACAUCUCUGGUUAGGGUAAUACUUGAGGGUAAUAGGCAUGACGUUUGUCCACAUCUUGAAGAACUUCAACAAUUUCUUGCUAAUAUAUUGUCUAAUGGUUUGGAUAAAGUCGUUCUAGCGAAACAAGUUAAGUUUCAUAAAAACCCGUGUACCGAAUCGGAUAACUCAAAAGAUAAUUCAUCAUCCGAAGGAUCUUUUCUUACCAUAUAUGUUUACGUAGUUGAUGAAAAUGGUAAAUUUGAUGCUGCGAUGACUAAGAUAUUACCAAAUAUGUACAAAUCACCAGUACCAUCAGAUUUUCCAAUAACAAUACACAGUAUCGUAUUAGUACAGGAAAUAGAUUCUAGCAACGCAAUAGCCGUCGUUGUGGUUUCUUCAGUGGCAUUCAUUUGUCUACUUCUUCUUGCUGGCCUUCUGUUCGUUAUGAGAAAAAGACAAACAAGAUUCAAUUAUGGCGAACGAUGUCGACCUGUAUCUUUAGAUGCCUAUAGUUUAGACAGUGUAUCUGCAUAUAACAGUGUUAGACGAAAAGGUUUUGCUAGAUCAUCCAAAAGAAGUUAUGGUAAUCCUGCUUUUGAAGAUUCAAGUGCAGUUCCAUCUCAUCCAUUAAAUUUCACUGGACUUACUUCUUUCUCAAACGACGUCGAUGCCAUUAACGAAGAAUUUUUAAGUAUACCCCAGGUUUCCGCUAAGAUGGAUGAACUUCCUUUAGGUGCUGAAGUGAAGAACAGAUAUGCGAAUGUAAUACCACUUCCAGAAAGUAGAGUACCGUUGAAAAAAGUCAACGAUGAUCCUCUUUCGGAAUACAUCAAUGCCAGUUACGUUCGGGGUCCUAAAAAUGCGACAAAAUAUUACAUUGCCUGUCAAGCACCUUUGGAUACGACUGUUACCGAUUUUUGGCGUAUGAUUUGGGAACAACAAUCCAAAGUGAUCAUUAUGUUGACUGAUCUAUUUGAAAACGGGGUUGAAAAGUGUACCGAAUAUAUACCACCUUCCGAGGUGACCGAUUGUCAUAGAUUGUACGGUGAUUUCCAAGUGACGUUAAAGAAGCGAGAAACCAAAGAGAAAUAUGCUAUAUCGACGUUACACUUAAAAAAUUUAGAAAAUAAUACAUUCAGAGAAGUAUACCAUAUUUGGUACUUAUGGCCAGCCAGUGGCGUCCAAACAGACGGCGCAGGACUUAUAGCUGUACUUCUCGAAGGCAGAGCCCUUCAAAGAGGUGGUCCAGGACCUAUAGUGGUCCAUUGUAGUCCUGGUACAGGUCGUACAGGAACAUUGAUAGCAUUAGACCUGGGAAUUAGGCAAUAUGAAAUUACACGAACGGUAGACGUCCCAAGAGUGGUUUAUACGAUAAGAAGAGAUAGAGCUGGGGCUGUGCAAACUAAAGAACAGUAUGCUUUUAUAUAUAAGGCCUUGAAUUUGUAUGCAACCAAACUUGCUGGAGGUAUGCUGGAAUCAACAUAAACGAGGAGUAUAAAUUAUUAUCGGUCUAAAAAAUUGGUGGACGAGUGCUACAAAAGAAUGUUAAGACUAAUUUCAUAGUAAUCUUUAUCGUUGUUGGUAGUUAAAUUAAAUAAGGACAGACGACCAUUUUUUUUUUUUGUAUUCCAGUUAACUGGAGUAAAGAAAAGAAAAAGGAAAAGAAAAAAAAAAAACAAAGAAACAAAUAUAGAUAAUUAACGAGUAUUAAAUGUUACCUAACGAUCGGUAAUCAAAGAUCGAGUGAAAGGCUGAAUGAUACUUGUGAUAUGUGGACCAUUCGUUGAUAUUCAUUAUUAUGCAUAUAUAUACAUAUAUAUAUAUAUAUAUAUAUAUACACACAUAGAUACAUAUAUAUAUACAUAUAUACAUACACAUAUAUAUAUAUAUAUACAUAUACAUAGAUACGCGUAUAUAUAUAAAUAUAUACAUAUAUAUAUACACGUGAUUCAUCUAUAUCGCGUUAUAUUUUUUACUUACGGCCGUUCCAAUGAAUACAUCUUUUUAUCUGCUUUGAUAAGGAUUUACCGAUCUCUCUUUGGUGGAAGUAUUCAGUAUUAAGGUAUUCUAUUAAUUAUGAUAGAAACAAGAUCGAGAAAGAAAAAAAAUUUGUUGAGCAAGUAGUAAAAAAAAGAAAAAAGAAAAAAAAAAGAAAAUAAUAAAGAGAAAAAAAAGAAAGAAAGACAAAAAAAGAUAACAAAAACAAAAUUGAUGCGACCAGCUUUAAUCUUUUGUUUUCUUUUUCUUUUUUUUUUUUUUUUUUUUUUUUUUUUUUUUUUAGAUAAAGAAUACUACAAGUAGAGAAGCAUAUUUAUAAGCGAAAUGACACAAAAUGUAUUUUAUUUAACCCUUUUUUUUUUGUUUUUCAAUGUUUCAAUGUUUCAAUGUUUUUAAUUCUUCACACCCGUUGUUUUUCUUGCAUUCGACAAUUUUUCAUAUUUUAAGAAGCUUACUUGUGUAAUCCUAGACGAUGCGCUCUCUUUCUUUUUAAAACUAUCUCGUAGAGAUUGCAAAAGCCAUUUCGAAUUUAUUGCCGUUGCGAUGUGAAUAUAUUUUUUUUUUUUUUUUUUUUUUUUUUUUUUUUUUUUUCGUUGUUACUAUUGUUAUUGUUAUUGUUAUCUGUGUAUAAAGUAUAUCCCCAAUUCGUAGCACAUUGCUCUCUAUAAUUGUACAUAAAUAAUAAAGAAAUGCAGAGGCACGUUGAUUGAA